GGCCAGGGGUCUCCGGGCGGAAACAGGACCACUCCUGGGAUGCGGGGCGUGCCCUCUGCCGCCCCGGCCCCGCCUCCUCCCGCGCCGACCUCUGUCGUCGCCGACGCUGAGGGUCGCGCGGCAGGUCGCGGACCGGGGAGCGGACGCCUCGGACCGCGCCGGAAGCUGGGAGCGGAGGCUGGGUCCGGGAUGGCGCGCCAGGAUCCUGGACCCCUGGGAGAGGCGAUGAGACAUGGAACUAGGUCCAUGUCCACCACUCCCGGGUUUUAUCCUCUAAGUAAGGUGUGUAGCUCCGAGAGCUGAAGUGAGAGCCGCAUCUGUCAACCUGGGCACAGUUUGAGCGAGUUGCGUGCAGAGCUGUGAAGGUGCUAGGAAGACGUGAUACCAGUGGGGAGUUGCCACGUGAUCUUCUGGAAGUCAGUUCUGUAAUUGGGGUGGCUCAUGAGCUUGGGACGACCGCAGGCAACAGACUCCAUGGUUGGGGCAUGGGGGAGGCCUGGGGCUGGGGCCUGGGGCAGGCUGUGAACAGGCAGAGCAGUAACUGUGCCAGGACCUUGGUGUUAUUAAUGCCCCACAAACUUUUGAGAGGAAGGAACAGCCAGGUAAAUUGAACGCUGUCAGAGACGGGCAGCCUGGCUGUCCAGUUAAGAAGCCCAAGGACACCAUUACUCAAAUAUGCCUACUGGUCCUGUGCUAGGGCCACCUCAUCCCACAGUUCCCUCAUCUAUAAAAUGAGGGGUUGGACCAGGUUCUGGGAGGCGUGUGUACUCACACUGUGUAGUUUCAUGGAGAAGGUGGCCUUGGGGAGCAAUAGGGCACAGUCGGAUGGACAGGAACAGGGAGGGCCUCCUGUCUUUUUGUCCACUGUGACUCCCAAAAGCCAAGGGGCGUGUGCGCACAGCCCACAGGUUGGAGGCAGCAGCGUACAGGGUCUGAUCUGGGAGACUGAGGCAUGCUGGGAGAAUGGGUCCAGGCUGGGAAGGACGGUGAGAGAUGGAUGGUUCCCAUGGGCACUGAAGUUGGAGUUUUCAGGCUGAGUGGUGACAUGGUAGGAAUGUUUUAAGGAGGACCAGCAUGGCAGCAGUGAGCCAGGAGGCUGCUCUGUUACAGCAAUCCUGAACCAGCCCAGAAAAUUCUGCUGCUGCUGGUUGAGGGAGGGCAGCCUGAGAGCCACUGAGUGAGUGAAGUAGGUCUGGAGGAGGACGGGAGGCCCAGAUUCAAGCCAGUGUUGCGUUUUCCUUUCCUGAGGGUGAGUGUUUACUGACUGUGUGUUUUCACACUUAUGCUUAUUCACUCCCUCGCACACACACGCACUCCUCACUCUUCCUCUGCUUCUUCUGGGCAGAGGGAGGCCACUGACGGGACCACUUACUCCAGCCAUAAUCAGUUUUCAGUCUUGUUUUGUAGGAACUUUGUCAUAGAAGAGUUUUCUUGAGGCUGAGAAGUUGACAGGCUUGGAAAUCAUCUCUUCAAGAUGUUUCGAAGAACGGGGUGUGUUUAGCUUAGAGAUAAAGAGGCAGGAGUCACAGCGGUCAGGAGUAUGUAGGGAAGAGCCUAUUCUGCGUAGCUGGAGGUGGCAGGCUGUGACAGAUUUAGCUGCAAUAAUGCUAAUCAUAGCACUUACUGUGUCCCAGCAUCUGUUCCAGGCACUUUUCUUGUAUUUCUUUAGUCUUCACAGCAUCCUUAUGCUAUAGCUUGUUACGAUCUUACUUUUAGAAAUGAGUUUGGCGAGGUCCCAUAUUAAUACGAAGCAAAGCAGGGGUCAGGUUUCUGGCAGCGUGGCUCCUGAGGUCAACCUCUCACCCCUGUGCUCUGCCCCUGGCUGUGUGGCCAGAGCUUCUUAACUGCCAGAUCAGGCCAGCCAUAGGACCAGCUGCUGGGAAUGUGGAAGGCACCCAUUAUUGAAGGCACUGAGGUAGAAAUUGAAGAGCCACCUUGCUUCGGAUGGAAGUCAGCAUGAAAUGUUAACAUCUACAGCUGUGUGUGAUUUCUAGUUCACAAACAUGCUAUGUUGGGCAGCUGGCCCUGGGGACAGGUGCGGGGCCGACGUUUCAGGCGCCUGUUCACCAGUGUGGUUUUCAUUUCCAGGGACUGGGCAGGUUCUGCCCCGUCUCCAGCCUGUGACUGGACCGCAGUGUCAAAAUCACUUGGGAAGUUUGACAAUGUCGAUUUCUGGGCCCCAGAAAACACUAAACCAUGAUUUAGUAGCUCUAGUAUGAGGUGGGAAAUCAGUCCUAAUUAAAAAGCAGCUGUGAAGUACAUCAUUUGAACCUCAAAGCCCUUUUGUUUUUCAGUUAUUAUGUUGUAAAUAACUUCUGAUGGGAGAAGCUGAGGAUACAGAGUAUUUUUCACCUGGUUUAAUAGAUGAAGAGGCCAACUUGAACCAGCUCUCCAGCAGAACUACUGUUUGGCUCUACUGGGUCCCAACCCCCCAGUUCCCUGCUCCAACCAGGGCCAUGUCACUCAGCAGUGGCUACAGAGAGUUUCUUGGGUUCUGGACUCUUCCCCUCUCCCUAUCACCACCUUAAACGAAGAGGUUACUGGGGGUGGUGACGUCUGACACAGAUGUCCAGUGUGUUCCCCUAUAGACACUGGGCAACAAUAAUUUUUAAAAAAUUAGAUGUUGGGUACUUGGUUUCUUAAGGUUUACUGACGUUAUCAUUGGUCGUAGUCAGUCAUGCACAGCGGAAGGGGCACCGAAGUCUCAGUCCAAAGGCCUGAGCCCUGGACUUGGUGCCGAGGCCGUCUGCCUGCUUGGCGUGCGCGUCACCCGUCCUUGCUUCGGACCCUUCACCCCUCGCACAGGAUAACAGUGUCUGAGCAGCGUAGGGCCGUGUUGUUAAUCAGUGGGAGCUCUGGAGUGCUCCGAAAAUUGUAAGGGUCACACCUCUGCUGAUCCGUGGGCCCUUGGAGAACAGAGCCUGAGUGUGACACAUCUCACUCAGCAUCCAGCAGGGUGCCGUUAACACGUGGGUGUUGAAAUUAGGGGAGGGAGGUGGGGAGAGGAAGAUGGAGCUGAGAGGCUGGGUGGUGGCUGAUGUACCUGGUACCCGUGUAGGUGGGUGUGUUGGGGAGACUGUACAUGCACAGAAGCAGCCACUUGUCCACAGUCCCCAGCUCUCAUCAUCAGAUAGGGACGUGUUCAGGCUGACCGCCAUUUACAGCAUGGCCUGUGUUCCCCAGAGAGAGGCCUGGGAGGUGGGUAGCUAAUAUCCCUGGCCUGGGAAGUAGCCAGGUGGACCCUCCAUAGCUCAGUAUAUUCUUUCCUGGAUCCAGCUCAGACCUGUCGAGCCAGCUCUGUGUCGAGCUACCAAAAGGUAGAGAAGAAAUGAGCUUCCCAGGCCGUCCCAACUUGCUUCUUCGCAUUGGCCUCCUGGGGCUGCGUUUGGGUGGAACUAUGGUUUUGCAGGUGUAGGACACCCUUAGAUUGUGGUUCUCAAGGAGUCGACUUACACUAACCAAACUUAUAAAGGACAGAUGGGUAAACCAGAGUGCGCCGGUUCCUUAAUGUGCAGCGGCGCCCGCCCCCCAUCUGCACUUGUGCCUGUCACAGUUUUGCUCACUGCAGUUUGUUACCCAGCUUCCGGUGGCCCCAGGCGUUCCGUGGCUUGUGUCUGCAUCACUCCGAUCUCUACCUCUGUUGUCACAUGGCCUACUCUUCUCCCUGUGUCCCUGUGUCUUCUCACUGUGUUGAGGGCCCACCCUACUCUGGUUUGACCUCAUUUUAACUAAUUAUAUCAGCAAUGACCCUGUUUCCAAAUAAGGCCACAUUCACGGGUACCGGGGUGAGGACUUCAGCGUGUCUUUUGGGGGACACAGCCCGCUCCCAUCACUGUCUCUUGAGCAGAUUCCUGUUGCUCCUUCACCUGCUCCCGUGUGUUGGGCACCCACCCCGCUCUCGCUGCUCCCCGCUCCCUGGUGACACUUGGCCUCACUGGGAUGGAACCAGCCAACUCUCCCGAGAUUGUGCCCACAGGUGUCCAUCGCCUUCCAGGACCUGGCUGUGCAGUUCUCUGAGGACGAGUGGCAGCUCCUGGGGGAGGGACAGAGGGAGCUCUACAGGGACGUGAUGCAGGAGAACUACGAGGCGCUGGUGUCCCUGGGGACAGCUGAGCCGCUCCCCCUCUCUGCCUUCCUGUCUCCCACGGAGCCUAGAGGAGCCAUGAGCAGGAGCCAAGCUGGUGAGGGACAAGAGGAGCCUCCUAGGGACGGUGCCCCAGGAGGAGCACCCCAACACAGCCUGCACCUCACUGCCCUGGUGCAGCUGGUGAAGGAGAUCCCGGGGUUCCUGUUUGGGGACGUCGGCCCUGAGAGCCGGGGCACCAGCCUGGACGAGGAGCGGGCGAGCCCCGAGGCACCUGUGGCUGUGGAAACUUGUCCUCUCCGAGGCCUGCCUGGCUGCCUUCCAGACACAGCCGUCAGCCGGCCCGGCCCGGCCACCAUGCCCAGUGGCAGGCCAUCAUCCAGCGGUUCACCUGGAGCCAGAAGUCAGGGGAGCCCCCUCUCCAUCAACGCUGCUGACACUCGGAGGCCUGCAGAGGAGGAAGGCCCUGAAGCCCCAGGCCGGGAGCACAGCCCUCCCACCUAUAGCCCCGGCAGGAGGAAGAGCCACAGAAAGCAGGAGAGAGAGUCUGCAGGGGCAGUGAAAACAGAGGCAGCGUCCGGGGAUUGUCCCCUCCAGGGUCUGCUGAACUGUCUGAACGAGAUCCCAGUGGCCCGGGACACUCGCGUCAGCCACUCAGGGUCUGGAGACCCACAGCUGCAGGAGGAUCCAGGGGCCUGGAAGAGGAAUUCUGGAGGGCCUGGACCCCACCAGACCUCUCCUCCCUGCCCUGGUGCUGUCGUGAAGAUGGAGGACAGCUGGGCCCAGAGCUCCCUAGUGCCAGCAUCCUGUCAGCUCGGCAAGUGGACCCGCAGCCCCUCUGCCACCGGCAGCCCUGGGGACGAUAGAGAUGCCGGUGGGAUCCGUGUGCCCAGCUGGGGCCCCGCAGCUCAAGCCGGCAGUGCCUCGAGCUCACCCCUGGAAGCCCUGGAGGCCUGUCUGAAGGGCAUUCCCCUGAGUGGGUCGUUACCUCCCCAGCCGCCGGCCACGUCUUGGUUCCGGAGCCCCCAGCCUGGAGACCCUGGGUCUCAGAGGCCCGAGCUGCAGCCCCGUGGAUCACACAGUCAAGAGGUGACCGUGGGGCCUCUUCUGGCUCUGGGCUUGCAGAGCUUCAUGAGAGACAGCUCUGCUUUUCCCCCAGGACCCCGUGGCACCCCCACCAGCUUCUCUUCGUCCAGCAGUACUGAUGGGGACGUGGAUUUCCAGAGCCCAGAAGGCAGCCAGGGGCGCAGGCCUGGAAAAGGAGGCCCAGUGGGCAGCUCCCCGCUCCAGGGCCUAGAGAACUGUCUCCGAGAGAUACCUGUGCCCAGGUCACAGCCUGCCUGGUCCUGGUCCUUGGCAGGGGACAGGGGACCAAAGAGAGCAGAGCCAAAGACCUGGACGGCAGAGCAAGAAGGACUGAGGGGCGAUGCCUGUGAUCCAGUCCGUCUGGGACCACGUGGGGGGGACGUGCCCACCAGGAGCCUGAGGCCGACCAGCCCGCAGGCAGUUGCCCCCAGCAGUGUCCCUCCCUGCUGCCAGCAAGGGCUCAAAGACCGCAUGGCCACCAGGCCAGGACCGUGGAGGUGGCUCCAAGAUGGAACAGCCACUACGCCCUCUCCGCUCCACUGCCUGGAAAGCUCUCUGAAGGGGAUCUUGCCUGGGAGGCCUCUGCGCUUUGCCUGCUUGGCCGGCCCCGGCCCCGGCCCUGGCCCCGGCCCUGGCCCCAGCUCCAGCUCCAGCUCCAGCUCCAGCUCCAGCUCCUGUUCCUCUGAAGGAGACCUGAGGCCAGAGCCUGAGCCCUGGCAGCCACUCCCGCAAGGGAGGGACCCGCUUCCCAGCAGCAAGGGUCCUGGCUCGUCGUCCCCACACUCUGGUGGCACCCCCGCUGGCAGCAGCCCUGGUGAUGGCCCAAGGAGGGCAGAGCCCAGGGACCACUUCGGCCUCAGUGCAGGGGCAGUUGGGAGUCCUAGCCCUGUCCCUCGGCCGGAGAAAAGGCCCGGGCUGGGGCCUUGCCAGCCUCCUGGGUCAGCACCUGGACCCCUGUCCUGGAAGCCCAGGGUUAGUGAAGAAUCUGGGAGCCUGGGGCCUGGACAUGGAGGACCAAGUGUCGCAGCCGGGACCGGAGGGAGGCCGCUGCCCAGGGGCCCGCCUGAGCCGCCGCCCUCGGCCACUGCCCCUCCAGCUUGGCCGCCCGCCUCCCCGCGGUCGCCGUGUUCCUGUGGGGGUCUCCUGCAGCAGGAGCUCCACGGCCUCAGUGUCGCCCUCUCGGAGAAGCUGGACCAGCUCGCCACGGCCCUGGCAGGCCUGUCUCGGGAAGUGGCCAACAUGAAGACCCAGGUGGAUCGGCUAGGGAGGCGCCCGCGGGGCCCUGGGCACAAGGGCCAGGCCUCCUGGCCAUGGGCCCUCCCUCGGGGCCCUGCUCAGAGACACCUGCCCUACUGGAGACGGAAGGGCCCCACCAGGCCGAAACCAAAGAUCCUGCGCGGCCAGGCGGAAGGCUGCAGGGCUGGCGACACCUCAGGCCUCUCCCACGGGACGCUCCACCUGGUGCCCCCAGCAGAACCUUCUGGGCCCAGCUCCAGCCCUUCCCAGCAGCCCCCAUACGCAGCAUGCAGCCGCACUAUGCUGACUGUGCACCCCGCCCUUGGACACACCGGGGGCCACCAGAGCCCCCCUCCCCCUUCAGUGCCUGCUGCCUUCCCCGCCCAGAUGUCCUCUCCUGCCACCAGUGCAGACGCAGAGCCACCCGCUGCAGUGGCUGCACCAGCCGGGACUCGAAACUGGCCCAAGGAUCCAAACGGCUUGUUGACGGGGGUCCAGAGAGCCCUCAAGGAGGAACUGUGGGGUGCAGAACACAGGGACCUGAGGUGGGGGGCCCCUAGCCACCUUCUUCGUCAGCUCAGUCCCGCUGAGAAAUCUCUGCCCCCGGCUGCCUCUCCCAGGGCCUGGCCCACCCCCACCCCCUGCUCCAGCCAAACCUUCCCCGUUUCUGGGCAGUGAGGGGCUGGGCACCCCCUGGCCCGACUGCCCCAGACUCCAGGAUGCUCUUUGUUCAGCCGCCAUUUGGGGCUUAUUCCUCAGCCGUGCCGUGUGGCCACCUCGGCUCAGGUUCGUUCAGAUGUCGCUUCCUCCUUCCCCAGAGCGUGCAGGGGUGGUGGCGGACACGCAGGCUCGCAGCACGUGUGCCCACAAGGGCCCCUCCCUAGCACCCGCCUUCCUGAUCUCGGCUUCCGGGUAAACGUGGGCAGAGAUUCCCUCUGGGAGAAUCCGCCCUGUGGUCUAAGCCGAAUUCGCCUCUGGUUUCCAAAGCUAAAGAAGUCGGCUGCUAGGGAAAGGCCCCGGCUCCACAGCAAGGGGCUCAGUGGGUCACGUCAGGGCCGAGUAGUCUGUUCUCACUGCUGGGGACGAGUUGGCUUGGCUGCCCACCCUCCACACUGUCGAGAGAAUGCACCGCCUCCCACAGGGCUGAGGACAGUUGGCUGCAGGACAGGAUCCCAAGGUGACUGGGAGAGAGCAGGGUGCCACAGAGUGGGCAGCUCGGCAUGUCCACGGGCAAGGUGGCGGCACUGGCUCCUGAGGCUGUGAGGGAGGCUUCCAGGCCCCUCUCCUGGCUCUUUGGGGGAGAUCUUCAUGUUCACAUGGGGUUCUACCUAUGUGCAUGUCUCCAGACCCCCCCUCUGCGUAAGGACACCUGCCAUGCCCUGUCUCCAGGUCAGGUCGCAUUCUGCGGUACUGGCGCUUAGGGAUUCAACAUGGACUUGGGGGACACAGUUCAGUUCAGCCCCUAACACCUGUAUGCGACUGAGCUAGUCUCGGCUUCCUCUUGGGAGAAGGAAGCAUGACUGGGUGUCUCUGGGCCAGAAUGGCCUGCUCUGGGCCCCACCCCUCGGGUGGCAGGUGGCAUAUUGGGAAGCUUGCCAGUCACCUACCCACCUCACUUCCUCCCGGGGCGGAUCUUUUCCCCACCCUUAUGUUCCCCCCGUGUCCUCAUUAGAUCUGAAGAAUCUGUGAGAACUGUCUGUGUAUACACAUUACCCAGGAAAGACAGGCCUUGUGUGGACCGACUCGGUCAGCUCUGCUAUCGGGGACCUGGGCCGCCAGGCCGAGGCCCGGCCAGCUCGGGGCCCGGGAGGGACUAGCGGUGAUGACUGCACAGCAGCGCCUCAUGGCUGGCGCGUGUCUGAAGCCGGGGUCACGGGAUGUACAGGGUCUAGCCCGUGCUCUUUGCUGCCCCUGUGCAAGCAGUAGAGGGGAGGGGCCGGGGAGACUGUCACAAAGCGGGGACAGGCAUUCAGAUGUUCUCAAAUGAGCGAUCUUCACACCUGGCCGUACCCGAUAGAGGAUGAGGGGCAGGAAAGUUCUAGGCUUUCCACUCAAGACCUCAGGAAGGUGAGCCCAGCUCCUUUUCAAGCUGUGCAGGGAGCGACACGGUGCAUUUCAGAGCCGGUGGACCGAGUAGGGGGCAGACUGGCGGAAGGACAGAAGGAUGUGCCUCAGCGCAGGCCCUGGCAGGGAGGAGAAUCCCACUCACCCCGCUCAGCCCUCCUUGCAUCCCUCCAUGCUC